AUGAAGGAAACCAAAUAAGGGAACGUUGAUUUCAUAAAACUCAAUUUGCAAAUAAUUAAUGCAAAAAUAGUCUAGGAUUCUGUUGAUAAAAUUCAGUUGGAUCUAACUUUCAGAAGCAAUAUAAAUUUUUAAAUCAUAGUUCAUACAUUUGUUACUGAAACCAAGGGAGGGAAACAGCAGAGGUUUAAAUUUAAAAUUCAAAGUUCGUAGAUAUUACAAAAUCAUGCCAUCAAGUACAUCACAAACAUUUAAAUGUCCAUCAGGAUUGAACUACUAAUUUCCUACUAAAUACAUAGAGUUCAUGAUUAAUGAUCUUCUAAGAUUUUAGAAAAUGAAACUAUUCCCAGAUUCACACUACCACACUCUAAUAAUCGAAAUGGUAAGUUUAUACAUCUAUGAAUAUAAAGAGAACUCUUAAUUCAAAAAGCAUCCAGAUAAUUUACUUUUAUCGAAUAAAUUGCAACGAAUAAACCAAUUAAAAUGAAUUGAUUAAUACAAAGCAAUUCUCAUACACGAAGGCCGACUUUUUGAAAUACAUGAACUUUAUUGUGUGUUAAAUACUCGAUUCAAUCCUGAAUGGAACCCAAACACUAUAGAAGACAAAGAAUGUGUUAUUUGUUUUUUUUUAAUAUGAUUAACACUGUACUCUUGCCUUGCAAACACCUAGUUGCAAAAAUACAAAAAGGAAUAGCAAAGGUACUUAGAAUCCAUCAAAGAAAAGAAGGAAUAAUAAGUAAUAAAACAAGGCUCAAUUAUGGGAUAAUUAAAAUCUAAACUAAAGAGGAAUAGCUGAAAUUACAACAAUUAAAGAUUAAGAAUAUGAAAUAUUUCAAUGAUAUUGAUGAUUUUAAUCAAGAUAAUGAAUAAAACGAAAACAUCUAUGGCACUUAAAGUUAUUGUUCAUAUGAUGAAAACUAAAAUGAACCUGAUCAUAAUUAAUUCAAGAAUUCAGUUAAAGAUAACAGACAACUGAAAAUCGAAGAUGAUAAUAACUUAAGAAUAUCUAAUCAAUUCGAUGAAGACAAGCAAAAGAGUACUGCCAAUCAAAGAAGUCCAUGUGAUAGAGAUUUCUUAAGUAGCUAUAAAUAAUAAUAGGAAAUGAAAGAUUCCAGAUAAAACCCUACAUUCAACUAAAGUAUCUCAGAUGAUAAUGAAUAAAAUCUUAAUCUAUCUUCUUAAUAAUAACUCACCUAAUAAAUGUGUUUAAAUUACAAAUAAUUUAAGAAAUGUCAAAAGGGUGUUAAGACAUCGUUAUAGAAUUUCAUUAACAUAAAGAGGAUUAACAACAACGAAUUAAUAUUUAAUUGAAUGUUUUUUAAUUAAUUUCUUAAUAAAAUGAGGCAUCAAAGCAAUAAAAUAGAAUUAAAUCUCUUUCUUAAUUUGAAUUGCAUUAAUAACCUUAAUAGUUUCAAUAAUAGUAAGAACCGGUAAGCUUGAAAAUACCUCAAUAAUAAAGUUAUGGCUUAAUAUAAAAUAAUCUAUAAGAUGAUUUGAAUUAAUUUGGAGAUAGGAAUUUCACUUAGUUUAAUGAUUUUUCAUUAAAAACAAACUAAUCUUAGAUAUCCAAUUAGUAAGAUAAGGAUAGUUACAAAUCAAUUAGACAAGCUGAGUAUUUGUAAAAUAAUGAGCGAAGACUUGAUCAAAAAUAUUCUAUUAAAAAUCAGUUUCAUUUAUUGAAUUGUAAGAUCAAGAAGAAGAAAAGAAAGACGCUUUUGA